CAAAUCAAACCGGCGGGCGGAGAGAGCGAAGGGCGCCCCCUGCCGGCACACAGCGCUCACUGUAGCCCUGUAGCGAGCGCCUGACGCUGAGGUUCCCGCCUGGCAGCCUCCAGGCUCCCCAUCUUCCAGCCCAGCCUGGGGGUGUCUGGCUGCGCCGCCUCAGCGCCGCUCCUACCUCCCCUGGCUUGUCUGGCGCGGUCACAUGAUGCGCAGCGGGAAGGCGGGAACCUGCAUGGGGAGCAAGGGAGUGAUAGCUGGGGUGGCCUGGAGAGAAGAGGAAAGUCCCCUACAGUGAUGGCCCAAGCAUGAAAAGAUCAUGAGCUGGGCUUUAAAACCAUCCGAUUUUUCAAAAUAAUAAAUGUUCGGUGCUCUGUGUCUGCCCUCUGGGGUUUGAGCCUUCAGGCCUCGCAUUUUCCAGCUUUCCUUUCUACUCAGAGGAGACCCAGCAAUUAAUUUACUUUGGAAAAAGAAAUGGAAGCUGAGAGUCUUGCAUGAUCACACGACUCCAGGAGUUGGGGCUUAAAAAAAUAUCCUGAGACUUGUGAUCAAAACAGCUGGAAACACUGCAACUAAGAGAGAGAGCAAUCCAAUGGGGAGGUGUGAGAGUGAAAUCAUAGCUCCUGCCCAUACAAAGCUCUUUUCAUGACUGGGGCCUCUAUAGGGGAAACAGCUGACCACCAUAGCGUGAGAAGACAAGUGAAAAAAUUAGGGAGAAAGUUCCCUACUUAGAUAUAGGCUUUGUCUACACUGGAACCUGAACAAUUUUGUCGUUCAGAGGUGUGGAAACUCCCCCUCCCCGCGAACAACAAAAGUUUUGCUGUCGAAAAGGGCUGGUGUGAACAGUGCUUUGUUGGCAGGAGAGCUCUCCUGCCGACAAAGCUACUGCCUGUCUUUGGGGGUGCAUGUUUUUUGUUGGCAGGAGAGCUCUCUCCUGCUGACAAACAGUGGCUACACUGUGUGCCUUUUAGCAGCACUACUGUGUCACCAAAAGGUGCGUAGUGUAGACAUAGCCAUAGAGAUUCCAAUUCAUCCACAUCUCUCUCUCUCUCUUCCCAUGUGAGUUAAUCUCUCCAUCCUCACAUCAUGCUUCUCUUUUUCCUCUCACUGUCCCUGCCAAGAAUGAUAGGUGCUCUGUGAUUCAUUGAGAUGUCUCAAUGAAGUGACAGUUAGAAUCCCCACAUUUUUUAAAGACCCAUGGCUGGAUUGGGAUCCCAAUCAUUUUUCUAUCAUUCAUUUUCAUACAUUUCAAGAGUUGGAGUAUAUUUUGUUGGAGCAGACACACCUCCUUGCUUAAGCAGGUGGGAUGUGAAUUUCAGCUGUCUAAUUCUCUGUGUUGACAUAUAAAAUCAUUAGUCUCCUACUUUUGUUAGUAUUAACAGUGACCAAUAAAAUCAAUAAAUAAAAUUUGACAAACUUUUUUAAUGCUUUCUGAGGAUUUUUUUCACAAAAUAUUCUGUUUUGAACUGCAACUUUAAGUUCAGGACUGAUCAUAUUUUGUUUUUGCCUGCGAUCUACAUGAGUUAGGUCACAAUUCUUACACAGAUUGAAAAUAAAAUGCAUGGACGUGUUUGCAGGAUUGGGGUACCCGUUCCUGGAAUCUUCUGCCUGGGUGUUGGAACACUUGCCGCUCUUCCUGCUCCCUCCAUUGGCUACCACUCCCAUUGAUUGAUGGAAAAGGUCCCUGGAUCACUGUUAAAUGAGCCGCAGGUGGAGAAGGGAGUGGAAAGUGGUAGUUCUGUUCCAUAAACAAGGUGAGGUGAAGGCGUGGCUAGUCUCUUGCUGGGCUGUAAGCAGCAGCAUGGACCUUAGUUUUGGGAGGACUUUGAUGGGGGAGGAAUAGCUUACCUUUGUAGGGCUUGCUUUCUUCAAAGGUCAAACUAGCCUUUUGGGUGUCUGAUCUAGAAGAAUGGGUGCAGUAAGAAGAGCAUGUAGGUUCAUGGUGGCUAGUUAAUCUGUGUUGAAACUGUGUUCUAGAUGGAAUCUGAAGGAAAGAGGACUGUCCCCUGAGUGCUUUUCUUUCUCCUGAGGAGUGAGCUGUGUACCAAUCCGUAACAGGUCGUUGGUUCAACUUUUGUCAUUUACUUUUAUGAAGUCUUUAACUCAUCAAAAUGUCUGCCUCACUUCAUAUCAGCUAGUGCCAACUGUUUUACUUUCUAACCCCUCUUUUACCGCUUUGUAAGUUAAUUGUGGACAGCAAGGUGCUUCUUGUGCAGGUUGUUUCAGAGGGGCUUGGUGGUAUACAGUUUAUAAAAAGGUUUAACUCUGCUCAUCUAGAAAAGAGAAAAAUUCUGUUGUGGUUUUGUUUUGGUUUAAAAAAAAAAAAAACACCCAAGAAUUUAGAGAAGAAUGGAUGAAGUUGGUGGGUUUUUUGUUUGUUGGUUUGUUUUUUUGUUAUAUGCUCAUAAGUGGUGACAAAAAGCAAGACAGUCUUUAUGCACAUGUGGCUGCCUAGUGAGACAAAUGACAGCUGAGUGCCAAACUUCUUGGCUUGGUAGAAAAAUCAGGUUUACUAUCUCUAGAUAUUACCGUGGACUUCAUAUCUUCUCUCCUAAUGGGGGCAGAAAUGAACGGGAGUGAAAAUUUUCAAGAUGGAGUCAGUUGCAUGGGUGUGGGAGAAUAUUUUAUUUUUUUAACUUGAAUGCUUUUUAGUCUGUUCAUCCCUGCAAUACUAUGACUUGUUUAGAAAUGUGAUCUGUCCUCUCCCUGGGUAGUUUUAAAAUGGCAAAUCCUGAUAACUUUUUGUCUUUCAGCUUAAAAAAUGAACACUGCUCCAGCUUCAGAAAAUGGACCAUAUUCUACAAACCACACAAGACCCUUUUUUUAUGCGCAGCCAACAGCACAACAACCUUUCCCAAAUCCAUGGUACCUUAGUCAUCUAUAUAAUCCAUACUGUGUACCUGCCCCAGGUUUCAGAAGUGGAAAUCCAUAUUUUCCAUUUUAUUCUGUUGCACUACAUGAGUACCCUGGAUAUCUUGUUCCACAACAUCCCAUGCACACAAGAGUUAACAGAAGACCUUAUUUUAAUGUUCCCCCACCCUCUCCUCUGUUUUAUCAUGCAACAAGGUUUAGACAUUAUAGUGGCCCUGGGAAAAGAACAGUGACUAAAGAAACACAGACUGAUCCUAGACAGCCUGAAAACAAACCAAAAAAGCAUCAGGAUCUCCGUACAGAAACUAAAGGCUGUGAAGCAGGAAAUAUAGGCUGUGUUUCUUCUGGUAUGGGUACAGAAACUGAAACUACUUCAGUGAAACAAGAUUCAUCUGGAUCUUCUCUUGUGCCAGAAAGAGACUUUCAAAAUAAGGGGUCUUCCAGCUCUUCACAGUAUAGAAACAUUCCUUCAGGAAGCUAUGCUUUUGAGAAAGAAGAGGUCCGAAUAGAGUAUGGAAAUGGCUCGCCUGCAAUUCAGCUAUGGAAGUCCUUUAAGGAAACUAUUCCUUUGUAUGAUGUGGCAAGUGGUAAACCAGUCCCAGAGAAUAUCGUGCAACGUGACUUGUUUUCUGUUAGCUCUUGUGAAGGGGUAAUAUAUAGCCCUCGUGAAGGGGAGGAAUUGGUGUCAUGCGCUUCUUAUUCAGAUGAACGAAAAACUGCUCUUUCUUUGAAGCAGAGUGGUGAAGAUGGACAGGAAAAAGAGGUUCAAAAUAAUGAAGUAAAACUAGGUGCAGAAAAGCUGGGAAAUGCAAGCCAAAGGGCAAAAUCUCCUCUAGGUGAAGCCAGGGCAAUGCAAAUUGCUGAGAUAGCCAGAACUGUUCGUAAUGAUCAGCUAGUGGCAAGGCAGGACACAUUGUUUAAAAAAUCUAGUUUGAAAAGAUCUGCUGCUUCAAAAACUUCUGAAGAGGAGUCCAACCUUGAUCAGCAAGCAGGAUUAUUUCCAUCCAGUACGGAAAUAACACAUGACUCAAGUCCACUGCAGAAAAAGCUAAAUCAGAGCCACAGUCCAACCAACGUAAGUCAGAUAACGGAUAAAAGCUUAUGGUGUGAAGAAUCCGUGGAGAAGUAUGUUCCUUCUAACAGCUGGCUAGCUUGCGUGGAUGACAUGGACGCUAACUACAACUAUAAUAUGUGUUUGCCACAAAGGAAAUGUCAAAGUGUACUCAGUCUGUCUUCUGAUGAAAUGUCGUCUUCUAAAGAUGAAGGAUCAUCGACUGAUGAUGUACCAGUGUCUUAUUUUGUCCCUGAUUAUGUGCUUCAGAAGAGCAUGUACGCUUUCCAAAAAAGUACAGAGGGCUCAGAGAAAGAGAAAAUUAGAAGUGGUGGCUCCCUUAAUGAAGAUGAAGUGGUAGGAAGGAAGCAGACCAAUGUUGUCAAUAGCCAGAACUUCAAAAGCUGUUCAAAAGUGAAGAUUAAAAAGAUGGCCAGCAGAGGUAGAAAGAUUGGGGUCCUCCCUAGAACUUCUGGUCAGAAAAAAAUCUACUCCCUAAAGAAAAAAGCUGCUAAGAGUUUGUCUCUGUCAGAGGCUGAAGACUCUGAAGAAUACUUUGUGGCAGAGGAAAAGGGUGACAACGAGGAUGAAGAUGAUGAAGUUGAAUAUUUCUUUCAAGAAGCCACUCCAUAUGGACACUUCAUCUCCGGUAAAGGCAGUUUCUACAGACCGAUUGGCCAGAGGGUGCUUUGGAAACCACCUAAAAAUGCCAUACCAGCUCACUUGAUUAGCUGGCCUGCUCGGGAGAAAAUAAAAACAAAGAGUGGGUUCUGUGAACGCACUGGUCUGGCUCCUAAGUCAAGUGAGAAGGAACAGGAUGAGGUUGUGUACAGUGAUUAUGGGUACUAUGGAAAAAAGAGGCUUACAGCAAAACAAGAGGGAUCUGACCAUAAGAGAACUUCACAGAAGUCUUCAAGAGUAAGGUUACUAAAGGAAAACAUGGGGCUGACAGCUGAUGAGUACUGGAUUAGAAGUGGUGCUAAACCCAAGUUUGCCAGCUUGAUAUGUGGUAGCCUAUCAUCCCCAACCAAAAGCAAAGAACAAGGUAAUCUGCUUUUGGAUAAACCAAAAAGGAAAAGGAUAGGCAAACCCCCUUACAAACGUAGAGACACAAGAUGUGAGGCAGAAGACAUUGAAGUAUGGGAAAUGCCUAAACCCAGUGCACACAAAGGGUGUGGAUCAAAGAGGUCUCUCUACAAAAGAAGAUAAUCUGACUAUUGCAAAUGCAAGGGAAAAUCUGAUUAUUACAAAUGCUGGGGGAAGAACACAAACAUACUGAGGUUGCAUGUCUCUUAAUCUUUAAAAUGAGUCCAUAAGUAACUUUUUUUUUCUGUAUAAAUCUUUCUAAGCUACUAUGCACAGUUAAAGGGUAAGAAGUAACACUGUAAAGAGUUGGAGUACACCAUAUAAAAUAUUAAAUGAAAGGAACACUUGAAAUAAAGCACUCUAAAUUGUAAAUAAGUACUCACUUAUUGCUUAAAAGCAAUAAAGUUAACAGAAUUG